GUUUCUAAGAAGGAGAAAUAUGAAUAUGUGGAUGAUGAUGAAGAUUAUGAUGUAUGGCGUAAAAUUGAGCCCCUCUUCAACUACAUAAAUCCCCAUGCUUUCGAUUGUCUUUACACGGCGGACGGCAUCAGUUUAUUGGCUGAAAAGAUAUCUGAAAAUAUACCGGAGCUUAAGGAGUUGGUCUUGGAGAUAAGAGGACUGCUGAACGCCGAUUUACUGCAUACUGUCAAUAUGCAAAAUUUGGAUGCCAAAGCCAAGGAGAUUUUAAAAAGACACGACUUUUUGGAGGCGACUGAAGAGGCCCUUUAUUAUUCGUCUGGAGUCUUGGUGGGUCAUCUCGAAGACUAUUGCAAAACAAAAGAUGUUGAAGAACGAAUGCUUGGGAUUAAGCAAGAUCCGUGUUUCGAGCCCUUCUUAGGAUGGACAGACCCAUUUGAUGUCAUGAG